UGCAUAUCAAGCGUCGUACACAGGAGUAAAAAUAACUCCCUUUCCUACAAACCUGCAGAGGAUUCGGCCUCAGACAGAAAGGGAGGAGAAAAGCGUGGCUUUACGGGUCGUGAGCCGCUUGCGUCGGGCUGUCGGAAGCUGAGAGGAUUCAUGGAAUGAAGAAAAAGACCAUUUGCUUUGUUUGGUAAAGAAAGGAAGGAAGAAAGAAAAAAAGAAAGAUCAGUUCACGACCACCUCCAUUCUCUCUCUCUCUCUCUCUCUCUCUCUCUCUCUCUUCCCACGCGAAUAACGCACGCUACCACCUCCUCCCAAAAAUCUCAAAUCAGAAAAAAACGUGUCCUCCGAAGGGAAGAAGAGAAAUGUCGACUUCCCAUAGCUUGUUUUCGUGGGCUGAAGGCGCUGAGAGAGCAGCAGCAGCAGCAGAUGGGCAAGGAGGAGGAGAAGAACAAAGGAAAUGUUCGGCAUCAGAGAUAGAGGAAAUUAAGGCUUCAGAUCGGGACGAGACCAACGCCUGGUCCAGCUCUUUCCAUGCUAGAACUUCCCAUUCCACUACUACUCCGAGGAGCAGGCAAGGGGCCUCUGCCUUUGUAUCUCCGAAGAGUCCUCAUCAGCUAAGGGACUCUGGCUUUGGUUUGCUCUCGAGUCCCUUGAGAAGCAGUAGCAGGCUUUCUGUCCCUUCUCCUUCUUCUUCCUCUUUUCUUGAUUUCGGUUGUUUGUGGAGAUGGAAGCUUUGGGCUGGUUUUUGGUUUCCUUGGGGGAGUGCUGGGAAUGUGACUGGGGUGAAGCAGCAUCUAUUGGGGAAAAGGAAGGGGUCGAUGUGCCUCUGGCAUCGGCGGAAACGGGUCAGGGGUGUUGCGGUGGUUAUUGGGCUGGUGCUGUCUUUCUUCUUCUUACUGAAUUGGUGGAUGCUUUUGCAUCUUCAAGAUUCCGAUCUUCGUCACAAGGACACCGGGCCUUUCUUUAACAAAUCAUCUUCGCUGUCUAUUCGGGGUGAGUGGAGUAAGUUUGCAAAAGGGAAAAGGCCCCAAAGAGUCUUGUAUACGAGGCUGUUGGCUUUGGCUGCCCAUGCAUUGGCUGAGGGAGUGGAUAAACCGGAUCCCAAAGGCUUAUGGGAGGAACCAUUGAUUCCUGAUUCUGUUUGGACACCUUGUGCUCAUCAUCGCAGUUGGCAAGAUCAUGAGGGGAACAAUGGUUACAUUCUAGUCAGUGCAAAUGGCGGCAUAAACCAGCAGCGAGUUGCUGUUUGCAACGCUGUGGCUGUUGCUCGUUUACUUAAUGCAACUCUUGUUCUACCAAAUUUUUUGUAUAGUAGUGUAUGGAAAGAUAAGAGUCAAUUCAGCGAUAUAUAUCAGGAGGAUCAUUUUAUGAACUACUUGAAAGCUGAUAUCCGAAUUGUGAAAGAACUUCCUCUAGAACUGCAAUCACUUGAUUUGGAGGUGAUUGGUAGUCUGGUAACUGAUGAAGAAUACAUGAAGGAAGCAAAGCCAAGUUUUUAUCUGAAAAACAUUCUCCCUAUCCUACUUAAAAAUAGAGUUGUCCAUUUCAUUGGUUUUGGAAACCGCCUGGCUUUUGACCCUAUACCAUCUGAAUUGCAGAGACUCCGAUGCAGAUGCAACUUCCAUGCUCUACAAUUUGUUCCUAAAAUACAAGAAACUGGGGCAUUGCUUAUCAAACGGAUGCGUCAGCAUUCACCACGUCUGGGACCCGUUGAUCGUAAUCUGCUUGGUUCAUUCGCAGUGGAAUCAAAAAGGGAAGGAGAAAAGGAUCUUCCUGGUGAUGCUUCUUCAUAUUUAGCUCUCCAUCUAAGGUUUGAAAUUGACAUGGUGGCUCAUUCUAUGUGUGACUUUGGUGGUGGGGAAGAAGAGAGAGAAGAGUUGGAUGCAUAUCGUGCAAUCCAUUUUCCUGCACUGACACUUCUUAAGAAGAGCUCAAAGCUACCUUCUUCUGCAUUACUACGAUCAGAAGGAAAAUGUCCUCUAACACCUGAAGAGGCAGUACUUAUGCUUGCUGCUCUUGGUUUCAACCGUAAGACACUGAUAUUUCUUGCAGGUGCACAUAUUUAUGGGGGAAAGUCGAGAAUGGCUGCUUUGACUAGCUUGUAUCCUAAUUUUGUUACUAAAGAAGACCUGCUUUCAUCAACUGAGAUCAGACCAUUCGUGAAUUUUUCGUCUCAGUUAGCUGCCCUCGACUUCAUAGGAUGUGCUGCUGCGGAUGCAUUUGCCAUGACAGAUUCAGGGAGUCAGCUAUCAUCCUUAGUGUCAGGUUAUCGAAUAUACUAUGGUGAGGGGAGACUGCCGACAAUACGGCCCAAUAAGCGGCGGCUAGCUGGGAUCUUCUUGAAGAAUGCCACCAUGGAAUGGGAGGAGCUGGAAGAGAGUGUAAGAAAAGCAGUCAGGCAGAGUAAAAAGAUUCGGGAAAGACCUGUUGCGAGGAGCAUUUACAGGCAUCCUCGGUGUCUUGAGUGCAUGUGCAACAUGAAUUGAUAAUCACCACCACCACCACCACCUUAACAUUGUUAUCAGCAAAUCAACAUGAAUGUGAUUUAAGUUGAAUUUGUAGUGUCUCAUUAUUUAUUUAUUUAUUGUUAGCCAUUCUUCAAUAGAAUCAUUUUGGCCACUAUAAUAAGAGGAUUGGAUUAGGAGAGUAGAAAGAGUUGAGUUUUUUUUUCUUUUUUCGUGUAAGAGUCUAAAUGCAAAUUUUUUAAUUGUAAAUCGAAAUUUAUUAAAGAAAUGAGGAGAGAGUACUUAAUGGGGAGGCACUGGAAAAGCUAGCUUUGGGUGCCCUCUAACAAUCUUUAAAAUGUGUCAAUGAUUUUAAAACGCUAGUCUUGUUUACCAUAUCUUUCCAUC